GCCCUGGGUUGGGUGGCAUUCCUUCUGUUUGCAGGUUGCAGUGUAGCACUGGAAAAUACAGGCACCAUGCAGGCCUUGAUGGUGUCUCAAAGAUGUACGGAGGAUACCGACACUUUCCUUUGGGAAAUUAACCAGGAGAGGCCAAAGGAAUAUGCUGUUCUCAUGUAUGAUGCCUUUGGAAAGAUGGGUAGCAAUGUCGAAGGAGGUAAUACCAACCAGCCUGGCUUGUUGCAGCAGUGUCGCUCUGCCCACAGUCCCACCUUCUCUGGACAGUACUGCCAGGUGUUCCUUAGGCAGGGAUCAGUCCAGUACUUUGUGGGUAUUUGUGUUCCUGACUCCUGCGUGGAAGAGGAAGUGCAGAUGCUAGUUCUGUACGGGAGACUUCAGUUUGGUCAGAUGUCCCUCAUUCCUCCGUUACCUCCCAUCCUGGUCAAUCAGUCCACUCAGGAGAUGAUCAUGACCCACUGUUUGUCCAACAACAUUGCCCCUGAUGCAUCUGAUGUCACCUGCCUGUUUGUGUGUUGUGUAAUGGUAGCAAUUCCUCUUGCGGCCACCCUGUAUACAGCUAUAAUCAGGUGGCAACGCAACAGAGAGGUCAGUCCAACAGCAGAGUCUUCCUGUUUAAACACUGGCCUCAACCUUUAUGGGACCCUGAAGACCAAUGGCUCCUCCAGUAGUGAAAUCAAUAGCAGCACUUCUGAGGAAAAUAGUAAUAACAGAACCAGCCACACUCCACCGUGUGUCCCCCGAAGCUGUGUGUACCGGUGCCUGCAGGUGUUCUCUCUACAGACUACCAGCCAGGGUGUCUUUAGCACCUCCUCAUCAAUCCCAGGAGGAGGGUACUCCUCCCUGAAUGGCAUCCGUGUUCUCAGCCUGUUAUGGAUAAUAUGUGGACACUCUGCACAGUUCCCUGUAAUAAACAACCUGGAUAACUACAAGAACUGGAGGACAACAGUUGAAAGCAGCCCUCUGUAUGUGCUUACCAUCAGUGGCCCUGUUUUUCUGGCUGUGGACACCUUUUUACUGCUAGGGGGUCUGCUUAGUGCAAGGUCUCUGCUGGGCUCCAUCGAUAGGGCUGAAGAUAAACUGAGCCCCAGUUUGGUGGCUAACUACCUCUUCAAGAGGAUUAAAAGGAUUCAACCACUGCAUCUGUUUAUCAUGUGUCUAACCAUUGGCCUCAUCUCUCUGGUCAAGUGGGGACCCUACUGGUUCCCAUUCAUAGAUACAUUAAUGGAUUGUAAGACUUACUGGUGGGCUAAUUUACUGCUGAUUAGCAAUCUCCUCCCAGUCCAUGAGAUAUGUAUUCCUUGGACAUGGUACCUGUCUCUGGACUUCCAGUGUUAUGCCACCACUCCUCUGUUGGUCUAUUUUUACAGACUAAACCGAGGUGUGUUUGCAGUCGUUGCUGGAGGCCUUCUGCUGAUGACCACAGUGACCAGUGGUGUUAUAACUGCACUCCUGCAGCUUCCAGUCUUUCAGCCGUCCACACUGACAUCUGAGAAUUAUGUCUUGUAUUACUAUGUGAAACCCUACACAAGAUAUGGGCCAUUUUUAAUAGGGAUCUUGACUGGAAUAUACUUGACAACAAAGAAAGAUCAGUUGUUAAAGCAAAAGUGGCAGGCAGCACUUGGCUGGUUCUGCUGUCUGUCACUCAUGGCUGUGUUGGUUGGAUUGGCCUACAUCCUCAGGGAGACCCCGGCCCAUCUAUCUGUGCCACAUGCCCUCUACCAGGGUCUGCACAGACCGCUCUGGGCUCUGGCUGUGACCUGGAUCAUACUGGCCUGUGAGGAGGGUUACGGAGGUUUUAUCCAGAGCCUCUUGUCAUUGGAUUUCUGGGUUCCUCUUUCCAACAUUAGUUUUGCCUGUUAUCUGACACAUCCUGUCUUCAUCAUCCUCUACAUCGGCUUGCAGGAGACCCCAAUCCACUACACAGACAUCAACUUCAUGUACCUGUUUCUUGGCCACCUGGUGCUCACGCUGGUGGUGAGCUAUGUGUUUACAGUGCUGAUUGAGAAACCCUACCUCCUCCUAAAAUGGAGCAGUACAUAGAGACUUAUCCUUUUAACAUCCCUGAUCUUAUAUUCUGUUUGCUUGUGCCUUGUAAGCUAUGUGAGUGCUCUUGUUCAAUUCCGCAUUGUUUAUAAAAAAGAAAAAAAAAGGUUUUAUAGUGAUUGCUGAGUAGUUACUACUUUGACAUUGUAACAAGCAUUGUUCAAUAGUUUACUGAGGAUUGACAUAGACAACAUCCUGCAGAUCACAUAAAAAUGAGUUAACAUCAACAAGUCCAUAUUUUGUCAAACUAAAAUUGGGUUUUGGGUUAAUUGUUUCAUAGAUACAAUAUUAUCAUCUGCAAAUAAAGACAUUUUGCGUUGUCUUGGAUAUCAUAUGUCGAUUACCACCAUAUCACUGCCUGUUUCAAAGGAACAAUUACAAGGGCAAAUAAUUGUGGAACAGUAAAUUGUGACACAAGGCCUUCCAGAUUGUAUCAUUUUGUAAUUUCUUAUCUGCAGAGAUGAUCUUGACAAGAUUUUGGAAAGACCAGAUUUGCAAUUAUAGAUGCUGUUCUUGAAGAAAUCCACAUAAAAUGGUGGUGAAAAUGUUGUGUGGCUAAGAGCUGACUCCCAUGCCAUCAUCUAUGUGACAAACUAGAUGGUAUAACAAAUAUAUUCCCUAAACUUCUCAAUUAUUCUAUGACAAUAUACAGGAAAGAAACAAGGUCUUCAAGUGUUCCUGCCGUGGAAGAUUCAUAGCUGAUUUACAGUUCAUUUAAUCACAUAGAUCAAUGAAUAUACGAGUUUAAAAUGAUUAAUUUCUAGUCAUAUAUAGAAAUACAAUAUAUGCCAACAUCACUGGCGUCACAUUGGUCUGGAAAAGUUUCCUAAUUACUUUAAACCACCAUCUUCCUUAAUUAAAUGUUGGGAGUUACCGAAGAGGACUAAGAUAGCAAAAAGUUCUGCCCUCUUGUGGAGGACAAGACUAGUGUGACUGUUUCCUUGUGACCCAAAGUUCAUUGUAUUCCCUUGCCAUCCUUCCCCUCCUAUUAAUGUUUCUGUUGUAAGACAGCACAAAUAACUCACUGCACUUUCCAUGGCAGUGAGUCAGAAUUUGACACUGAUUCAGCUGAUGAGAUCAUAACAAACGUUUUCAGUUUCUUAUGACGCAAAAACACCCAGCCACCUUGAGUUAUGCAAGGCAUGUGCUCUGUUGUGCAUUUUAUUAAGAUGAGCAAUGGUUGGGGAACAGCCUCAAAGGAAUACCUUGAUCCUUCUGCCACUGUUUAUCUCUGCUGCUUACACAGAAACAAACUCCAUAUGUGGUGAUUUUCACUGGAGUUAUGUUGUAAAAUCAGCAUGAUGGAACACUGUUACUGCAAAUUGCUGUCAAGGGAUUUAAAAGCUGUUGAUAAUAUGUUUGUCUAAAUUGUUCAAGCCUCCUCCGUGUAUCAUGUUUG